CGUAUGAUUUUAAUAGUUGAAUUGGAAAAAAAUGGGUUUUUGACUGGGUUUUAGUUGUGGGGAUUUGGGGUUUUUUUUUUUGGGUGUUUGACUUGAGCUCAAUUGGAUUGAUUUUGAGGAAAUUGAAUCUGAGCUCGAGGAAAGUAGUAUUCAAUAUUGACUAUAUUGUACAGAAAAGGAAGUUACGAGGAGAGAGAACCGGAUAUCGCUGGAUAACAAUGAAAGAAAUAUAACAUACUUGGUUUCUCAGUCUAAACUCUCUGCAAUCACUUGUACUUGUAUUGACCUAUUUGGGUCUUUACUCAUUAUAAAUUGCUAGUAUUGGAUGAUAGGAUACAGUGUGACUACAAAUGCAUUAAGCUUUUAAUGCCUUAGCCAUGAGGAUUGCUACUUAUUAAAGAGGUACAGCAUCAUGUUAUUCAGCAUACCACUGCAAAAGAUGGAGGUAGCAGGAAAGAGCAAGUCUCUCCUCUGUAAAGAAGCUGACAACUUACUGUUUUGGGUGAUAUGUUUUGUGUCAAUAUUAAUGUUAUAUCUCCUCAAUUUCUACCAGUGGAACAUUUAGAUGCAAUUACAUGAGAACUUCAGAGCUAAAAAGAUUGUAUAUAGUUUGAAGAUUAGGAUUUCUGGGAAAUAGGAAACGAGGUACAGCUGUGAAAAAAUCAGAUUAUAGACUCACCAUUCCCCAAGCUCACGUCCAAAACCACUACGCUUAACUAUAUAAGAAUAUGGGGGUAUUAUAAGAAAAUGAAAGCAUGAUUUAGCUGAACUUCAUGGAUAAAACUACUCAUAUGUCAAUGUGGAUCUGGUGUUAUUUCAAUAAAAUUGUAGCAUAACAUAUUGAACUCAACUAUCAUAUCUUUUUCUUUAUACCAGAGUUGUUGAGCAUCUGUUUAGAGAGCUAAUUUAUUAACCAUUGGGAUAAAGCAAGAAAUUAUCUAGCAAUCACAUAGAUGUUUAUUAACCAUUGGGAUAAUAGCAGAUGAAUGUAGUAAAGUUCAAGCAUCCCUUGAAGUGGUUCUGAAGUGAUUCCAUGCUUGCAUCUUCAGUUUUCUCUUCUGGCACAAAAAAGCUUUUGAUUGGUUUCUGUAGAAGGUUUUGUGUAGUAUUUAGCUGAAAAUAGAUAUGCUCAAUUGCGAAAGAAAUAUUAAUGUGUUUGCUUUGCUUAAUGGUUGCCUUAUUGCCUUACCUUGUCUUCAGUCUGCACCCAUGUGACCACAUGUUACAAAGUUUUGCUGCAAACUUAAUGCAAUAUGAUUUAAGCUCUUAGUCCUUGCUGCCUGUAUAUUGAUUCCUCAUCAGUUAUUGCCUUGUUUUAUGGGAGCCCGUAUUGCUGUCAUGCUAUAUUGAUUGGCUAAAGUUAAUGGAUCUCUCUAUUCUCUUUCAUGUACUGAGGUAUCUGAAGCCUGUAUAGGGGUAUAGAAGUCAUAUCUUCCAAUCUAAGGUCUAAUAGUUAUAAAGUUUUUCCAACCAAAAGAAGUGCUAUGUGAAGUGUGAAGCAUUAUGAAGGCACCUUAGUGGAUUUUAGUUAUGUAUCUGAAUUAUAUUUUUGGUCAGUGUCCAAACUCCAAAUUAAGUCACCUGCAUCAACUUUGGAAUGCUUGAUGUAUCUUUAAAGCAACCUUAGCUAGAAAUUAUCUAGCAAUCGCAUUAAUGGAAGUUUGUGUAUGAUGGUGGAUGCUGACUUGGUGUAAAUGGCACAGGUGAUCAAUUAGAAUAGGUGAAGCAUAGAUUUUCUUUCUUAUUUCCACUAUUUAACAUUAUAUUUUGACAAGAAAGGUGAUUAAUAUUUUGACAACAGGAUACUUUGACAAAAUCUUAAUUACCACAUUUAGAUUUUUAUCCAUUUAUCUUCUUAAGCAUGAUUUUCUUUGUUUCCUUCAAUAAUUUUGCUUUGUUUCUAUUAUUAUUGUUGCUAUUAAUUAGCUUGGUAAUUAAGAUUUUAUAUUCUUCAUGGUUAUGUUAAAUACGUAGAUGGCUUCAUCUAGUAAUAAAGAAGGGACGAAAGAGGUAUUUAAGUGGACUGAUGAGGACACUAUCAUCCUGUGUGAAGUAUGCCUUCAAUUCAUUAAAGACAAUGGUCGAUCACAAUGUUUCAAGUGGAAGGAAAUCCAAAUAGACGUGGAAAAAAAAAUUGGCCGUCCAUUUAGUAACUUGAGUAGUUGCAAGCAUAAAUAUGAUGCAAUGAGAAGAGAUUGGCGUAAUUGGACUAAAUUAAAAUCUUCGGAAACUGGUCUCGGGUGGGAUCCAAAUUCGGGAAAAAUUGAUGCAUCAGAUGAGUGGUGGCAAAGAAAAAUGAAGGAAAAUCCAGAUAUUAAAAAGUUUCGACACAGGGGUGUCAACUCAACUCUUGAAACUAAUUGGGACAAAUUAUUUGGAGACUCGUAUGCAACGGGUGAAAAUGUUUAUGUACCUUCAAUGGACCACAUUGAAGACCUUACAGUAGGGAAUGAAAAUACUGAGGAAGAGUUUGUAGAAAAUCGUAGAGUUGAUGAUUUUACAACUGAAUUAUUAGAUGAAGGGAACUUUUUUCGAAAUUUUGUGGAACAAGCAAGAAAUGGUGCCACCUCAGGUAAUCGAGGAGGUGGUUCACAAGUAAUUAGUGAAGGUGCGGAUAAUGACAUGCAUUCUUCUAAGAAGCAACCUAUGACAAAGCAGAAUAGUGUACCGUUGAAGCGUGCAAGAAGGCAGUCUGCUGGAUCUGCCAUGUUGGCUAAGGAAAUAAGUGAAAUGUCACAAUGUGUCAAACUUAUGAGUAAAAGCAGCUCUAUUGAUAGCAUUGAUCCAUCUAUGUCCACAAUCCCUGUAGCAAUGAAAAUGCUUAAUCGUAUGGUAGAAAAUUACGAAUUAGAAAAAUGUAGUGAUUUGUGGUUUUAUGCUACUACUGUAAUUCAGGAUCCUAGUAGUAGGGAAGCCUUAUGAUCCAGAUUUCACAAGUGUGCCUGCAAAAAUAGCUCAAGAUAAAAGAUAUAUGCCAUUUUUUAAGGAUUGUAUUGGAUGUAUAGAUGGUACACAUAUAACAGCAUGUAUACCCGAGGAUCAACAAAUGCCUUAUAGAGGAAGGAAAGGAAUUCCCACAUUUAAUGUAAUGGCUGUCUGUGAUUUUGAUAUGUGUUUUACAUUUGUAUCGGCGGGUUGGGAAGGUUCAGCACAUGAUACUCGGUUUUUCUUCAUGCGAUUGAAACUCCAGAAUUAAAUUUUCCUAAGCCACCUGAAGGUAUUUUUAUUUACAGAUCA